ACACUUGUUCACAUCAAAUGUAAUAAUAUUCUUUUAGUAAAACACAAACCAAAUUAAAUAUACUUAGCUUCCCCUUUUUCCUUUUUCCCCUUUUUCUUUUUCUUUCAUGCAUAUCAAAACCUCAUUGAAGAUUCAUUCAUUGAUUGAUUGUAUUUUAAGCAAUCUGGCCUAAUAAUUCAUAUUUAUAAGAACCUUUUACCUUUGCAAUUCUGUUUUGUGUAAUCGGAACAGAAUUGUGUAUAAUAAAUAAGCAUUUACAUUAGGUAUGUGAUCCAUGUCCAUGAAUAACUUUCUUUGUUAUGGGGUGGUUGGACUCACUGUUGGGAAAUGGAAGAAAGUUUAUCAAAAGAAAAGACAGUGAUGCUGGUGAACCAGGUAAAGCACUGGAAGAACUAAGAUCAUCUCUUUACAAUGAGCUCCGAACCUCAGAAGGAGCCAAGCGUCAACAACAAAGAUAUUGCGGACCACCGGUCGCAUUAUCUUUCAACUUCAUGGUUGCAGUCGGUAUCAUCAUGGCAAACAAAUUGGUGAUGGGGAGAGUUGGUUUCAACUUCCCAAUAUUUCUCACAUUCGUUCACUACAUCACGGCAUGGAUUCUCCUUGCAAUUUUCAAGGCACUCUCGGUUCUACCGGUGUCUCCUCCGUCUAAAACAACUCCAUUCUCUUCUAUAUUUGCACUUGGUGCUGUUAUGGCUUUUGCAUCUGGUCUUGCAAACACAAGUCUCAAGUAUAACAGUGUUGGUUUCUACCAAAUGGCCAAGAUUGCUGUUACUCCAACAAUUGUUCUGGCAGAGUUCAUACUCUUUAGAAAAACAAUCUCUACAAAAAAGGUUUUGGCAUUAGCUGCUGUAUCAGCUGGUGUAGCAGUUGCAACUGUGUCAGAUUUAGAGUUCAAUUUAUUUGGUGCUAUAGUUGCAAUUAUAUGGAUAAUCCCAAGUGCCAUAAAUAAAAUUUUAUGGUCUACUUUACAACAGCAAGGAAACUGGACAGCUUUGGCAUUGAUGUGGAAAACUACACCUAUCACAAUUUUCUUCCUAGGGGCAUUGAUGCCAUGGAUUGAUCCACCAGGAGUCCUAUCCUUCAAGUGGGAUGUAAACAAUUCAUCUGCAAUUUUGAUAUCUGCUCUCCUUGGUUUUCUGUUACAGUGGUCAGGUGCCUUGGCAUUGGGGGCAACUUCUGCUACAACUCAUGUUGUUUUAGGUCAGUUUAAGACCUGUGUCAUUUUGUUGGGAGGCUAUCUGCUAUUCAAAUCUGAUCCUGGGAUUGUCAGCAUUGGCGGGGCGGUCGUUGCUCUCACAGGAAUGUCGGUUUACACAACGUUUAACUUGCAAGAGUCUCAAGAAAAUGCAAACAAGCAGCUUCCAAAGCAUAGUUUGCCUUCACCAAAGCCAAAACCAGCUAUGCCUUCACCAAAGCCAAAACCAGCUAGUGAAGACAGCAAAGAUUUGAGUGUAAAUAUUACCCACAAUAACAUUGUUGUGUGAGUCAUAUAACCUAUGACAUAAAUGAAUACCACAACCAAAUUCUUCAAACACUCAUUUUACAUCCUUUAGUUAGGCAAUUCAGGUUCAAUUCCACUUUGCAACAAGGUUUUUUGUAUAGACAGAUCAAACAUAGUAUUCAGUCAUUGAAAAUUUCAUAAUAGAUUAUUUUGGAUGGAUUUUUCUCAAA